GUGACCGCUCCCUUCUUCCAACAUGGCGGCGCCCAGUUCUGCUCUUCGGACUCUUCAGCUUGUGCAGGUUUUACGCAUGGCAGAAGGUUUUGUGCAUGCGCAGAAAGUCUGUGCACGCAUGUGAUGUGCGCAAGCAAAGCAACUGUGCACACGCGGUGCGUGCACUUCCAAGCCGGUAAGGAAGCUCUGAUGCCUGACCUCAACAUUUUAGUGAAGCACAUUCCAGCUCCAUGAUUUCAUGACACCAGGCUGAACUCCCUGCUAGGCUGCCUUCUGACUCUUGCUGGGUGGAUAAACAGUGAACAAUGCUUAUAGAAGACCAAUCAACUAGAACAAAGGUCUGAAAAGAAUUUUCUCAGGAAUUCAGCCAACCGGGAUUCCUCAUCUGGGGAAUUAUUUUGGUGUCAUCACAAGCUGGGUGAAGCUACAAGAAGAAUGUAGUUCUGUAUUAUACAGCAUUGUGGACCUCCACUCCCUCACCAUGCCGAGAGAGCCGGCUGUUUUACGUGAAAGCAUCCUAGACAUCACUGCUGUUCUCCUGGCCUGCGGCAUAAACCCACAAAGAUGCUUCCUUUUCCAGCAGUCCCAGGUGCCUGAACAUGCUCAGCUUAGCUGGGUCUUAGGCUGUUUGAUAGGCAUCCCACGUCUGGAACAUUUUCCCCAGUGGAAGCUUAAGAAGGCCAAUCAGACCAGUGGAGGAACAGUUGGGCUCUUCACCUAUCCUGUCCUUCAAGCGGCAGAUAUUCUUCUCUACAAGUCAACGCAUGUUCCUGUUGGGGAAGAUCAAAUCCUCCACUUGGAGCUGACUCAAGAUACAGCCCGCCACUUCAAUAGGAAGUAUGGGGAGUUCUUUCCAGUACCCGAAGCCCUUUUAACCUCAUCAAAAAAAGUGAAGUCCCUCAGAGAUCCCACAUCGAAGAUGUCAAAAUCAGACCCUCAUAAAUUAGCCACAGUGUGUAUCACUGAUAGUCCUGAGGAGAUAAAGCUGAAAUUUCGCAAGGCUGUCACAGACUUUACCUCUGAAGUGACCUACGAUCCCGAACGCCGGCUGGGAGUCUCCAAUCUUGUGGCUAUUCACUCUGCUGCAACAGGACUCAGCACAGAGGAAGUGAUACAGCAGAGCAUUGGCCUGGAUACGGCCCAUUACAAAGCAGUGGUGGCUGAAGUGGUUAUCGAAAAACUUGCACCGGUUAGGAAUGAGUUUAAGAGACUAAAAGAAGACAAAUCUUACCUGGAAGAGGUUCUGUCAUCUGGAGCAGAAAAAGCCAGAGAACUUGCAGCUCCUGUAUAUUGGGAAGUUAAAAGAUUGGUGGGGUUGAACUGAACCCAAGAAAAUGUAGCUGUCAUCUUUCAUUACUUCAGUUUGUGCCCUACUGUAUGUCACAGUCCUCUGUUUUGAGGGUCCAAAAGGAGACUGAUUGUCAGAUAUUUCCCUCACAUGUAUUAAUUAUUUUAGAGCCAGGCUUGGAGACUGCAGAGAGCCAAACCACAUGCAAUACAAUGAAGACAUCCAAGUACAGUUAGGGUGGAAAGCUGAAUCUGCCCCGAGGGCCAGGCUUCCCACCAGAUAGAUGAUUGUGUGGGGUGGCACUUCUGGAAGAAAAAGCCCUUCCCAUUUCUGCCACAGAACAGUCUCUUUGGUCCACUAGUGGCUGCAGUUGAUCAUUCUUAAGAUCAUUUGAGUGGUGGAGACAAUUGUAGCUGAUCUAGCUUUGAUCUGCCCUCAAAGGCAGAAGCUGGGAAGGCAUUGAGAAUUAAGAUCUUUAAGAUUUUACUUGCCAGUCCGAGUAAAAAUACUGUGAAGCCAGCUCAGCUGAAAAUUAUUCUCUCAAAAUAUUCCAAGCAAGUUACAACACUCUUGUUGAGACUACUUUUUUAAAACGAUCCUACUUAUUUUUAUAAAUAACUCAAGGCACUGAACAUACCUAAUACACCUGCCUCCUUCCAUUUUCCCCACAACACCACUGUGGGGUGAGUUAAGCUGAGAAAGAGUAGUCUGCCUAAAAUACCCAGCCAGUUUUCAUGCCUAAAGCAGGAUUAGAACUAAGAGUCUCCUGGUUUAUAACCUAGUGCCUUCACUACUAGACCAAACUGGCUCUUUGCUGCUCCCAGGUCUAUGACAGAAUAGCAACUUUCCUGAGAGGAAAGACAAAAAUAUAGCAAACCCUGAAGGAGCUUUAUGCUGAAGCAGCUCAGUGAAGCGAUGGCUCGUGUCUUAGGGGAAGAAGGAAGUUCAAUCUGGUUUGUUGUCCCAGGGAUAAGAUGGGGAGAGUUGAUAGUUCAGAGUUUGAAGAUUCCUUAAUCACUUCUUCCAUCUUUUCCUUCCCCUUUCCAGUAUGAAAACUGCCCUAGAUAACUUGGUACACGAUUCUAAGCAGAAUAUUCUGUCUUCCUAAUGCAGGCUUUGGUUGUUGCGUAAGAGAGUUUCUCAGGGCAUUUUAUUCUAUUACAGAGCUUAUGAAGAGAGGAAAUGGCACUUAUUUUCUAAGAUAUAUUUUGGGAAAAGUCAGCCACAUAUCUCUGGAUAUUUGAAAAGGGAGUGCUGAGUUCAUAAUUUGUGUUCUUUCUCAGAACAACGAAGUUAUUUCUUCCAUUCCAUAAGAUGUGAACCGCAUCCAGGCAUCUUCCUUCUGGUAUGUUUGCAAGUUUAUUUGAAGUGCGGCAUAACCUAUGGAAAACAGGACAACAUUAUUAUAUUGUGGAUGCUUGGCAGGCAGAACAGUCUCUGCUUUAUGAACUUACAGUAGAUUUUUUUUUCAUGGAGCCAAAUUGAUUCUGAAACAGACAUCUUCAAGUUUUUGUGCCUUGUGUAAGAGCGUGAGCAAAAGACUGCAGCCAGAGCCAGGGUUCCCAAACAGCUGCAUAGCAACUCCAACUCUCUCUUAUUUUGUUUCAUGUUUACUGACUUCAUAGAAAGCCCUACAAACUCCAGAGCCAGGUUUCCAAUGUCAUCCUCUUAACGUUUAGCGUUGUUAGAUCAUGGUCUUGAGAAGAAUCCCAAAUGAUGUGGGAGCAGCCAUAAACCUAUUCAGCCGAUGCUUCAUCAUCAGUUCUCCAUUCUUCACACCCUGCCUGCAAAACUAAUUCUCCUAUAAGGUUCCCAGGAUUUGUGUGUAAGCAUCCAUGAAUACAUAAAAAACAUGUGUGACACAGCCUUCCCUAGCCCAUUGUGUGGAAGAAGAGAUUAUAUUUGUACUGUAUGAUAAUACCUCUGGGUGUUCCCUCUUGAGGGAGGCGAGUUCAGAAAUGUAAAAUAUAAAUAAAUAAGUGAAUAUUCUACA